GACAGCGUCAGUCGCUCGCGCGCAGCCCGUCUGAGUAGUUUGUCUCUGUCCGCCGCGCAGCAGCCAUGGCCCCCACCGCCGACCAGCAGACGAUGGGCUUCAUGCCGUACGAGCGUCCGCCGGAGCUGAGCCGCUGCGAGGCCUUCCGCCUACUGCUGUGGAACCCCGAGAAGAAGGCCGUUCUGGGACGCACAUGGCAAUCCUGGGGUAUGGGUUUCCGCCCCAUUGCUGAAGAUGUGGAGAAUGCUGGCUCCAUGAUCGUAUAUGAUGCAGCUAACAAUGAGACAAUUGCGUCUUGGACAAACAGAAUUGAUGAAUUCUUGUCCCCAUAUGAAGUGAAAUAUGAUAACCAAGUAGUGUGCGACUUUAAUAUGUCUGCACCUGCUGGUAAGGUUUGUGAGGUCAAACUGAGCACAUUUGGCAACUGUGUGCAUGAAAAUGAUUAUGGGUUUCGUAACAGUGCACCUUGUUUCUUUGUGAAACUCAACAAGAUUAUAGGAUGGACUCCUAAACCUUAUGAAAGUUCUGCAGAGUGCCCUGAUUCGAUGCCAGAUGACUUAAAGAAGCACAUUGACAGUCUGCCAGCUGAAGAGCGCAAGGUGAUCUGGGUGUCAUGUGAAGGGGAGAACCCUGCCGACAAGGAGAACAUUGGGGAGCUCCAGUACUGGCCCUACCAAGGUUUUGCUGCCUACUACUACCCAUAUAUGAACACCGACAACUACGUGAGCCCACUGGUGGCUGUGCAGCUGAAGCGACCUGUUCGAAAUGUAUUGAUCAACAUUGAGUGCAGAGCUUGGGCGCACAAUAUCCGGUACAGCAAGCAGAAAAAUGAAAGGGAGGGCUCAGUCCACUUAGAAGUGAUGGUUGAUUAGAAACAAAGCUGAUUUGCAUCGCGUGGCAGUGUGUGCAGUUGGCUCGACAGUGCUGGCAGCAGCGAAUGACUUCUUCCCCCCUUCUCUUUGUCCAAUUCGAGAAAUCUGCUGCCCAGCUGCAAUCCUUCAUUAAGGCUUCAUGGAGUCCGGUGGUAGUUGGUACUUUUGGGCUGCUAACAGGAUGGGAUUGGCAAAAAACUUCCUUUCACUGUGGACUCAUACAGAGUAAUUAUGAACACACAAGAGUCUUUUAAAAGCUCUGCAGUGACCUUGUGAUAUAGGUGGUACUUAACUUUCUACACUUGUAUUGUCAUGUGCCUUCAUUUCAUGAUUAUUGUGUCAUGAAACCAUUUUCUGGCAAAGUGAAAGUGAUUUGUCGUAUCCCAAUCUACCGUGGGGGCGUGGCCCUCCUCUUCUCUGCUGUGAGCAUUUGCAGCUCGGCUCUGCCUUGGUUUCCUUUUCUUACUUAUUAUUUAAUUUGACGAUAGUACUUAUUUUCUUGUCACAAUUGAUAAAAUGUCAAAGUUCAUAUUAUUUUAUAUUGCAACUUUAUGGACUCAAUUCAGCUGCCCUCACUUACGAAGUGAGAGAAUUGUUCCUUUCAUUUCAUUCACUCAGGGUAGUGCAGGCCUAUCAUGUAUUUCAUGUCUUGACAAAACAUUUUAUAAAAGAGUACUUGCCUAUUGUAUAUAUUUUAUUGAUUGUAUUUUAAUAAUGUCACCAGAGAAAUUUGAAGUUAAAUUAAAGGAAUUACAAAUUAAUAUUA